AUGUCGUACAAGUCCGAUGGUGGCCGUAUACCCAAGCUGAGGGAUCCUGCUUCCCAAAGUCGGACCAUGACAUCUUCGGUGAUGCAGCCUUCUUCUAGAACCCCCGGUCACCCUGGUGCGGUAGCCUCGAGGCUACCUUUUCCGAAAUCCAUGGGCUCGGCAACUAGAAGUAUUAGAUCAUCUUCCUUUUCAGACGCAGAGCGUAGUAGCUCGCUCAUAGCGUCUUCAGUUCUUUUACGAUCUAUAGCUAGCAACAACGUCUCUGCCUCGUCACUGCCUAGAGCAAGUACUCAUCCGCCGCCCUCUGCAUCGGAUUUCCCGUCCACCACAAUAUCCCCAGCUCGACCCAUACUACAACCCACCAUUGCAGCAACUGCAAAUAAACCACCGGGGUCUACACGUGAAAGACCUCGCAACGUUUUGCGUCGGAGGGCGCCGACAAUAGGACAGAGUACUGACCAAAACAACCCCAAACCGGUAACUGCAAAGCCGGGGAAGUUGAGUGUGAUCAUCCCCAGCGAUAUUGGUCCUGCUUACAUUGCGGACGGGCCUUCGCAAUCUGCAGAGAAGCAGACGGCCAUACCCAAACCGAAGCCGUCACCAAUUACUUCGAACUUCAGGGUUGCAAGCAAAGUGACAGAUCAAGUGACAGAUCAAGUGACAGAUCAAGGGCCUCGUGAACUCGCUAGUCUAAGGGCCACGUCUGCGACGCAGAACCUGCCUCCUCCGACUCCCGUUUUUGCAUCCGCCAGCAGUCCUUCAACAAGGUAUUCUGGAUCCCCAGGAAUAUGGAGUAGAACUUCUACUCCCACCUCGUUGUCUUCCUAUUCACCAGGAAUUGUUCAUUCUGCGAAGGUUGGUCCUCGCUUCAGGCAUCCAAGCCCUUCUCAAUCUAGGCUCCCCGUCUUCUCACAGUCAGUGCAGCACUCUACCUCGGAGGAUGAUUGGAUGGAUCCGACGGCCAGUGGUUUUCCUGGCAUGAUCCCUGGCGCAGAGCCGAGUGUACUGUUGCUCAGGGAUAAGCACGAUGGUCCCCUGCGAACGAAUGGUUCUCCGAAAGCGCCAACACUUUCUGCCGCCCAAGUAACUCAAAAGAUGCCAAUACGAUCAAAUCUACCAAGGAUGACCAAGACGACUGCGGCAGAGUCUUCAGCAACAGACCAGGAGCGCAAAAGUCGUAUUGUCGAGGAUCGUGGAUCCCGGAGAGCAACAAGAGGGCCGGCUCGUGAUUCCGGACUUAUCCCCUCAAGGCCCAGCAGAGAAGGAACCCAUCGGUUGGUGCUUGAGCCUUCUCCUGUGAUCCGAAGCAAUCUAGCACCUAUCACUUUGAGCCGCAACCGACGCGGAUCAGGGGCUAGCUCAGUUACUAUGGGCGGUAAUCAACUGAUCACCAAUCCCUCAGCAGCGACGUCAGUGGAUUCGUUGCAGUCAAGAAGCUCUUCUCGAUUACCGGCGCCCAUUUAUAAUUCUCCCGAGAUAUUACGGAAAUCGCCCCAUAUCCCGACCAAAGACCCCAAAGCUAAACAGGAUGCUACAAACUCUGCAAAGUCCAGACGAUUCGGUCUCUUCCCUAAAAAGUCUAAGCCCGACAUGAAUGGACAAAGCCUCGGAGAGAACCGAUCCAUACGCAAAGGCCCAGCAGCUGGGACAGGCCAUGAAGCCUAUGGUAGGUACGCACAACGCGGUCGAAAGUCAAGUGUCGGUAGCAGUGAUAGCAGAGCAAGAUCGACUAGCACUAAUGGUACUACAUCGAGGUCUGUGUCUAGCAGCAAGGGAAGUAACAGGAGUCGGCCAGAUUUGGAUCUUGAUGAUUUCUUGCUUGAUCGCCUGGAGCCUGUGAUUAUCACUGGUGGAGGAGGGGUGAAUGGUGCCACAUUGGCGAAGACCCAAAGUGCACAGAGUAUGAGUGGUCUCAGCACGGCGUCUGCCCUAGACCAGGUCCAACUGCAUGGAAGAGACCUUGCCGUAUAUUCAAGCGAGUCGCUCGCUACAUCCGUGGCCGGACGUGAACGUAACAACCCUUACCCAGUUGGUUCCACUCUGGCCACAGCUCGUGCUAAAGUGGAUGUUCCUGAUCCAACAACGAAAGCUGCAGUCGGUCCCGCCAAAGACACCUCUGCGACGCAAAGUAUCCUGCAUGCGGAUAUAUCCUGUCAGCCCGGCACAAAGAAUAAUGGCAGUCUGCUCCCACUGAGCAGCGGCGUCUCACAAAGUAGCGUCAUGGCAAGCGAGCCGUCGAGUCAGCCAGAUCAGCGACCGAAAAAAACCAAGGGACUGAAAUGGAGCUUCUUCCACAGAAAUGGGAGUGUGCAGAAAGAGAAAAAGUCGAUAUCAAGGGCCAUCGAAACGCCCUUAACUCCUAAGUUGCAUGCCACCAUAUCCCCGGCCUCAGUAUCCCGUCCUGUGGCGCACUAUGCUUUGGUGGACACUGAUUCGGACCCCUUGGAAGAAAUCUUUCACCAUCUCGAAGAAUCACCACCGACUGAGAUCGAGGACUCAGACUCACGAGUGGAGAUUCCAGCAGCUUUGAAUAUUAGAAAACCAAGCCUGUCCAUUCUGCUUCCAUCUCCUCCGAAGCUACAAGGCGAAUUCUGCCGAGAUCGUCCUGUCUCACCAAAGGUCUACUUCAAUAAGGACCCUUUGCUUACCGACAAUAGCCCAGACGCGUAUGAAAAGCGUCCGCGGCGAUUGGCAUCGGUCGGUCGCAUUCCUGAGGUAGUGUCGAGGAGGGAUAGGCAACACAAACCGGCAAUGCAGUCCUUUUCUAGGCCCUUUAGCCCGGCUGAUUCUCCGUCUCUUGCUGCACCUGUGACGAACAGCCUAUUCGAGCUGCAGAUGUCGAGUCAGUCUGCAUUCACUCCACGGGCAGAAAGUUCUGCCAGUCGUCCGGCAGGCCUUGGAUUCAACCUCAUGCAGCCGUUUGGCGACCCAAUCCUGACGAGUGCUCUUGAUUUUAUUGCCGGUCCUUAUCCUCGAGACGAAUUUCUGGCGUUCUCCCCUAGGCAGGACUCAAUGGUUUCCACUUCAAGUGGAUCUGAGACCUUGGCUGCUGUCACUGCUGUUCUUCCAAAGCCCGGUUCAGAACCCACAGAAGACGAGGUGUGGGGAGAAUAUGACGACCUGAUUGAUCACGUCCUCUCCCCGAAGAUAGCAAAGCCGAAUCCCUUGGAGGAAUUCAUGGAGGACGAGAAGUUGGGUUUGGCCACGAGGGCAAGCAAGGCACUCCAAGCCGAACUCAAUGCGAAUUUUGACAGACGUUCACCUGUUUCUCUCGCCGAGAAUCCAACCGUGGCUCUCACGCCAUCAUCACCUCAGCCAAGUGAGAGCUCGUUUCACCUACGGCGUUCCACUAUUGUGUCAGCGCUGCAUUCCUCCAUAGCUCCGUCUUCACAGCCUUCAUUUAGCGACAUUAUUGCCAGCUACUGCUAUGAUCGGGACGAGAAUCAGACCGAGGCUGUUGGUGUUGAAGAUCCUUCAACCUCGCUUGCGCCUGUUGAGCGGCAAGCUGCGUUCCUCAGCUCGUCCUCCUUGAACCUCUCUGAGACUUUUGAGACCUGCCGGCAACGUAACACCGUCUUAUUUGACAUUGCCGAGCGUGACAGAGAUGGCCCAACUGCUCAAACAAAUAUUCGAUCAGGAUCCCUUAUGACGAGCCGCUGGCUGUCAUUUGGACGGGUGCUGUUUAGCCCGGCGCACAACCAUGUCCGAAGCGGAGAGCAAGAGCGAAUACUUGUCAUUGAUGGUCUAGGGAACCACGAUUGGUCAUUUUACUGUGCCCUAACCUAUCCCAACGCUGACGUGUAUUGCCUGACGGACGGGCCGGCGACAACUGCGUCAAAACACCCAGCUGCCUGGCAACCUCCAGCGAACCACCACACCGUUUAUCAGGCCAGCCUGGAGCAACAAUUCCCUUUCAGCAAGGGGUAUUUUACAGUGACCGUGCUCCGCUUUCUACCAGUAUGCCCCGACAGCGUCCAGAACAACCUUGUGUCUGAAUGCAAGCGUGUACUCCGCCCUGGGGGUUACAUGGAAAUGAGUCUGCUUGACCUGGACAUGGUCAACAUGGGCAUCCAGACUCGCAAAGCUGUUAGGAACCUUAAAGAGAGAACUUAUUUGUUCGACUCUAGCAUCAGCCUGAAGCCCGCAAGUGACAGCAUUCAGAAACUGCUGGGACGACAUGGGUUUGACAAUCUCAGGCGUUGCAUGGUGCGGAUUCCGGUGACGGGGGUGAUUUUCAGAUCCUCUGGCUCUUCAACCUCGACUUCGUCUUCGAAUCCUUCCACGUUGGCGGCCACGAGCACGCCUUCAACUGCAUUUUCAGCUCUGACGAGCUCCUCCAUGAGCACGCGGCAACCUAAGUGGCAUGGCAAAUCGCCGUCCAACGAUACUGAUCUGUCUCUUGGGGAUCUUCUUUCCGAUCCGUCCCCGUCUCCUUCGAACGACGAGUCUAUACGAAAGAUAGUCGCCAAAGUGGGACGUUGGUGGUACACAAGAUGCUAUGAGAUCCCAGUUCCUCCGAACGGGGACGCCAGUCUCAGCAUCUGGGCCGACAAGCGCGUCCUCCGCGAAUGUCAGAAACGAGGCACUGGAUUCCGAUUGUUGAUCGCGUACGCGCAGAAACCCAGCGAGGUGAAACGAAGAACUGCCAGUGUUUGA